AGACACACUCUAAAGCUCCCACCCACACACACACACACAUUUACAGAAGUCAAAAGUUCCUUUUUCAUUUUACAGCCAAACAGUGGGGCCUUGUUUUUUUAAUUUUAUUUGAUAAAUCCGAAGGCCUACGGGAGUAGUUCAGCUCAUAAGUGUAUGCUAUACAAUAAGAGAGAGAGAGAGAGGGAGAGAGAGAGAGAGAGAGAGAGAUAUUUUUUGGUUUUCGUUGGGUGAGAGGAAAUUUUGAAACAUUGUGCAAUGGUGCCGCAAAAGUUUUGAAAGGUUGUGAGAGCGUUUUGCCUGCAAAGUAUCUGAGAGUCGGUCCGUUGGAGAAGAGGUCUCCAUGUUGCAUCCAUACAGAAUGGAGAGCUACCUCAUCCCACCUCACACAGAGGAAAUGUACGAUCCUGAGAUCUACAGGCAUCAGAUUGCAGAAUAUUCUUAUCCAUAUGUUUUAGAUGCAGACAUUCAGGCAGAUCACUGGGACUACCACCCUCACCCUCAUGUGCACCCUGUAGAGUUUGAAAACCUUCAAGAGGCAAACUUCACAGAGCUGCAGAGUGUGCAGGCUCUGCACCCUCCUGGCCUGAUACGACACGAGACCAUACGAUAUGAUGCAGAAAAUCUACUGGAUCCAAAUCUUGGGGCCCACCCUCAUAUGUUACAGCAGCCAGUAACCUUCUUCCCACGGGGCUUGUAUGCGCCACAUGUGUCCCAGCGCAGCUCUGAUGAUGAAGAGCAUGGAGGCCGAAGUCCCCCACUUGAGGUGUCUGAUGAGGAGUCUCUGAGAGAUCGAGUACCUUAUGUCACACCUGGAGAGAUGGGCAAUAAAAAGAAGAUCCGCUUGUACCAGUUCCUGUUGGAUCUUUUAAGGAACGGCGAUAUGAAGGACAGUAUCUGGUGGGUGGACAGAGACAAAGGGACAUUCCAGUUUUCUUCCAAACAUAAGGAGGCUCUUGCACACCACUGGGGGAUCCAGAAGGGCAACCGCAAAAAAAUGACCUAUCAGAAGAUGGCUCGGGCUCUGCGUAACUAUGGCAAAACUGGAGAGGUGAAAAAGAUAAAGAAGAAGUUGACGUACCAGUUCAGUGAUGAGGUGCUGGGGAAAAGUCAUCUAGAGAGAAAAUCAUAUAUGUAGGCAGGAGGGAUGGUAAAAUGUCAAGACUGAGUCAUAGAGUGCUAGCAUUUGAGUUGAACUUUCUGUUACUGCAGAUGUUUAAUUGACCUUGUCGAUCAGGUAAAUAGCAUUAUAUAUCCAUUACUGCUGUACAGAAGGAUUCAUCUUUUGAGCAUAAUAUCCAAUACAGGGUUAUGUACAUAAUUUCCACAGAUGUAUCCCCAGUUACUCUUUGUAAUGAGACAUACCAGAGACCACAUAGUUAGGUAAUGCAGAGUAGAUAUAAAGCUCACUUUGGCCUAUGUGUCUGAAUGUAACAGAACAUACUGCAAAAUAGCUGUAUGGAAUUUGUAAUUUGUCAUUUACUGAUGCAUACAGAAAAUUGUGAAUGGCUACCAAGAUUUGAAAAUGUGUUGAUUUCUUUUAUAGUGCAGUGACUUUGGUGUAGUGGCCAAAGAUGAAACUGCAGGUCAUUUGACACUGUUCAGACUUUUUUUUUUUUUACAUUAUAUUUAAUACAUUUUAAAAGCCACCAUGCGUAAUUAGCAGCAGAAGAUAUACACUAACAUCUGUAUUAAAGUGGGGAGAGUAAGCAGCUUCCAGUAUACAGUUUUCAAAUCUCGUACACUGCACAUUCAUAAAUUUCUGUGCACAUUUACAAAUAUCUUUGAUGCCUUUGCAAUCAUAAGAUUAUGCAUUCAUAAUUUUCAUAUGCAUUUUCUUUUUUUGUGUGUGAAGAUCAAUUUUUCUCACUGUUUAAGGAGUCGUUUGACAUUUUGUAUGAAUCUAUUGUCUAACUCUAGCCAAGAAAGCAAAUGUCCAAAUUUUUUUUCAUGAAAAAAAAACAAUGGUGGGAGAGUUCAUGAUUUUUUAAACUGCCUCGGGCCUCAUCAUUGUUGUAUGUGACAUGCUUAAGUUCUCUCUUGAUUUUAGUGUAUUCUACUGAAUGUAUAUAUAUUUACCAUAUGCUGCAAUUUAAUAUUUAAAACAACAGACACAAAGACAAGACAGAUUUAAUAGUAUUGUACGUUUCUACAAGGAAAUUCAAGGUGCUUUACAUAAAACAAAAGCCAUCAAGUCAGAAUGUUACAGCAAAACAAGACAAUAUAAAAAGACAUUUAAGUACAAUUGAAAAUAAAUUGGAAAUAAAAAUAAGCUGAUAUUAAGACCUCAUUAAUGAGGCAGACUUACACUGAGCAGCCACUAUGAUCCUUCCUCGACUAUGAUCAGGUCAUGUGAGGGUUUGUACAGUACAUUAAAGUGUGUAUGCUAUUGUUGCUUGUGAAAAAUAAUAAAAUGUUUGUCAAUGAG